AUGAAGGAGGCAGACAAGGUGAUCGAGGAGGACGUCAUAAACAUGCGGGAGGCCGCUGAAUGUCAUCGCCAAGUACGGAAGUAUGCCCAGACCAUCGCGCGCCCUGGUAUUAAGAUGAUCGACUUGUGCCAAGCCAUUGAGGGGAAGACUAGGGAGCUUUUGGGUGCACCUCCGAUGGGCAGUGAUGAUCCUAACUUCCUCGCCAAGGGCUAUGGCUUCCCUACUGGAUGUUCUUUGAAUAACGUGGCAGCCCACUAUAGUCCCAACUACGGUGACAAUACUGUCUUGAAGGAGGGUGAUAUCUGCAAGCUCGAUUUUGGCACACAGGUCGGCGGACGUAUCGCGGAUUGCGCAUUUACUAUUGCCUUUGACCCGAAGUUCGAUCCUCUUAUUGAGGCUACUAAGGAGGGCACCCGAGCUGGCGUCAAUUUUGCUGGUAUUGACGCGAGAUUCUCUGAGAUUGGGGAGGUCAUCCAAGAGGCUAUAGAGAGCUACGAGUUCCUAGAAAGGGAUGGUGCCGAGGCUAUCCCCAUCAAAGCCAUCGAGAAUCUGAGCGGGCACUCACUAGGCAAAUAUCAGAUGCACGGCGGGCAGGGCGUUCCCAUUGUGAAGAACGACGAGCCGGGCUGCAUGGAGGAAGGCCAAUUCUAUGCCAUUGAAACCUUCGCGAGUACAGGACGGGGCUACUGUAUAGAGGAGGGCGAAUGUAGUCAUUACAUGCGCACUUUCGAU